AUGGUGCUCCCGGGACCCCUGGCUGCCACCCUGUUGCCGCCCAGCCUCGUGCUGCUGGUCUUCCACCUCUCCAGCUCCCAGGAUGUCACCAGCGAUCCCAGCCACGAGCAGCAGCUGUGCGCCCUGAGGGAACACCCCACCGUGGCCUUUGCAGACCUGAAGCCCUGGGUCUCUAACUUCACCUACCCUGGAGCCCGAGACUUCUCCCAGCUCGCUCUGGAUCCCUCCAGGAACCAGCUCAUCGUGGGAGCCAGGAACUACCUCUUCAGGCUCAGCCUUGCCAAUGUCUCCCUCCUUCAGGCCACAGAGUGGGCCUCCAACGAGGACACGCGCCGCUCCUGCCAAAGCAAAGGGAAGACGGAGGUAUGUGGUGAGAGGGGAAGACACCCAGGGCCUGGAGAGCUGUCCCUUGAUCACCUCCCCUUCUUGCUUCAGGAGGAGUGUCAGAACUACGUGCGCGUCCUGAUUGUCACUGGCCGGAAAGUGUUCCUGUGUGGGACCAACGCCUUCUCCCCCGUGUGCUCCAGCAGGCAGGUGGGGAACCUCAGCCGGACGAUGGAGAAGAUCAAUGGCGUGGCCCGCUGCCCCUACGACCCUCGCCACAACUCCACAGCCGUCAUCUCCUCCCAGGGGGAGCUCUACGCGGCCACCGUCAUCGACUUCUCGGGUCGGGACCCUGCCAUCUACCGGAGCCUGGGCAGCGGGCCGCCCCUUCGCACGGCCCAGUAUAACUCCAAGUGGCUCAAUGAGCCUAACUUUGUGGCAGCUUAUGAUAUCGGGCUGUUUGCGUACUUCUUCCUGCGAGAGAACGCGGUGGAGCAUGACUGCGGGCGCACCGUGUACUCUCGGGUGGCCCGCGUGUGCAAGAACGACGUGGGGGGCCGCUUCCUGCUGGAGGACACGUGGACCACGUUCAUGAAGGCCCGGCUCAACUGCUCCCGCCCGGGCGAGGUCCCCUUCUACUACAACGAGCUGCAGAGUGCCUUCCACCUGCCCGAGCAGGACCUCAUCUACGGGGUCUUCACCACCAACGUAAAUAGCAUCGCUGCUUCUGCUGUCUGCGCCUUCAACCUCAGUGCCAUCUCCCAGGCUUUCAACGGCCCAUUCCGCUACCAGGAGAACCCCAGGGCUGCCUGGCUCCCCAUCGCCAACCCCAUCCCCAAUUUCCAGUGCGGCACCCUGUCGGAGAUGGGCCCCAAUGAGAACCUGACGGAGCGCAGCCUGCAGGACGCACAGCGCCUGUUCCUGAUGAGUGAGGCCGUGCAGCCGGUGACCCCCGAGCCCUGCGUCACCCAGGACAGCGUGCGCUUCUCGCACCUCGUGGUGGACCUUGUGCAAGCCAAGGACACGCUCUACCAUGUGCUCUACAUCGGCACCGAGUCGGGCACCAUCCUGAAGGCACUGUCCACCACGAGCCGCAGCCUCCGGGGCUGCUACCUGGAGGAGCUGCACGUGCUGCCCCCCGGGCGCCGCGAGCCCCUGCGCAGCCUGCGCAUCCUGCACAGCGCCCGCGCGCUCUUCGUGGGGCUGAGCGACGGGGUGCUGCGCGUCCCGUUGGAGAGGUGCGCCUCCUACCGCAACCAAAGGGCAUGCCUGGGGGCACGGGACCCGUACUGCGGCUGGGACGGGAAGCAGCAACGUUGCAGCACCCUCGAGGACAGCUCCAACAUGAGCCUCUGGACCCAGAACAUCACAGCGUGUCCUGUGCGGAAUGUGACUCAGGAUGGGGGCUUCGGCCCGUGGUCACUGUGGCAACCAUGUGAGCACUUAGAUGGGGACAACUCAGGCUCUUGCUUGUGUCGGGCCCGAGCCUGUGAUACCCCUCAACCCCGCUGUGGGGGCCGAGACUGCCUGGGGCCAGCCAUCCACAUUGCCAACUGCUCCAGGAAUGGGGCGUGGACCACGUGGUCGUCGUGGGCCCUGUGCAGCACCACCUGUGGGAUAGGAUUCCAGGUCCGCCAGCGAAGUUGCAGCAACCCUGCUCCCCGCCACGGGGGCCGCAUCUGCGUUGGCAAGAGCCGGGAGGAGCGGUUCUGUAACGAGAACACGCCCUGCCCCGUACCCAUCUUCUGGGCAUCCUGGGGCUCCUGGAGCAAGUGUAGCAGCAACUGUGGGGGCGGCGUGCAGUCGCGGCGUCGGGCCUGCGAGAAUGGCAACUCCUGCCCCGGCUGCGGCGUGGAAUUCAAGACGUGCAACCCAGAGGGCUGCCCCGAAGUGCGGCGCAACACGCCCUGGACGCCGUGGCUGCCCGUGAACGUGACCCAGGGCGGGGCGCGGCAGGAGCAGCGAUUCCGCUUCACGUGCCGCGCGCCCCUGCCCGACCCCCACGGCCUGCAGUUUGGCAGGAGGAGGACGGAGACCCGAACCUGCCCCGCAGACAGCUCGGGAACCUGUGACACAGACGCCCUGGUGGAGGAUCUGCUGCGCAGCGGGGGCACCGCCCAGCACGUGGUGAGCGGGGGCUGGGCCUCCUGGGGCCCCUGGUCGUCCUGCUCUCGGGACUGCGAGCUGGGCUUCCACGUCCGCAAGAGGACCUGCACAAACCCCGAGCCCCGCAACGGGGGCCUGCCCUGCGUGGGGGACGCCACUGAGUACCAGGACUGCAACCCGCAGGCUUGUCCAGUGCGGGGUGCCUGGUCCUGCUGGACCUCCUGGUCCCCAUGCUCAGCCUCCUGUGGUGGUGGCCACUAUCAACGCACACGGUCCUGCACCAGCCCCGCGCCCUCCCCAGGCGAGGACAUCUGCCUGGGGCUGCACACGGAGGAGGCACUGUGUGCCACGCAGGCCUGCCCAGAAGGCUGGUCGCUGUGGUCCGAGUGGAGCGCAUGCACUGAGGAUGGAGUCCAAGCCCGCAGUCGGCACUGUGAGGACCUGGUCCCAGGGCCCAGCACCUGUGCCGGCAACAGCAGCCAGAGCCGCCCCUGCCCUUACAGCGAGAUUCCCGUGAUCCUGCCUGCCUCCAGUGUGGAGGAGGCCACCGGCUGUGAAGGGUUCAGUCUCCUCCACCUGGUAGCCACGGGCAUCUGCUGCUUCCUGGGCUCUGGGCUGCUGACCUUGGCCGUGUACCUGUCCUGCCAGCACUGCCAGCGCCAGUCCCAGGAGUCCACACUCGUCCAUCCUGCCACACCAAACCACCUGCACUACAAGGGUGGGGGCACCCCUAAGAAUGAGAAGUACACACCCAUGGAGUUCAAGACCCUGAACAAGAAUAACCUGAUUCCUGACGACAAAGCCGGCUUCUACCCAUUGCAGCAGACCAAUGUGUACACAACUACCUACUACCCCAGCCCACUGAUCAAACACAGCUUCCGGCCCGAGGCCUCCCCUGGACAACGGUGCUUCCCCAACAGCUGAUACCACUGUCCUGGGGACUUGGGCUCCUUGCCUUCCGG